CAGGGCAUUAGGCUAGACAAAGAAAUAAAGGGUAUCCGGAUUGGCAAGGAGGAAGUAAAGCUAUCACUAUUUGCAGAUGACAUGAUCGUAUACAUGGAAAACCCUAAGGAAUCCUCCAGAAAACUACUGAAACUAAUAGAAGAGUUUGGAAGAGAAACAAGCUAUACUGAAGACAACUCCAAUCAAAAUGGCGACAUAUCGCUGAUCUUCUCGCUCAAAGAGGAAGUUGGUGCACUGGCCAAGGUCCUGCGCUUAUUUGAGGAGAAUGAUAUAAAUCUGACCCACAUUGAAUCCAGACCUUCGCGUUUAAAAAAAGAUGAGUAUGAAUUUUUCACUCAUCUGGAUAAACGCAGCAUGCCUGCUCUGCCAAACAUCAUCAAGAUCCUGAGGCAUGACAUUGGAGCCACUGUUCAUGAGCUUUCUCGAGAAAAGAAGAAAGACACAGUGCCCUGGUUCCCAAGGACCAUUCAAGAGCUCGACAGAUUUGCCAAUCAGAUUCUCAGCUAUGGAGCAGAACUGGAUGCAGACCACCCGGGUUUUACAGAUCCUGUGUACAGAGAAAGAAGGAAGCAGUUUGCUGACAUUGCCUACAGCUACCGACAUGGACAGCCCAUCCCUCGAGUGGAAUACACAGAAGAAGAAAAGAAAACCUGGGGGACGGUGUUCAGGACCCUGAAGUCCUUGUACAAAACCCACGCUUGCUAUGAGCACAAUCACAUUUUCCCUCUUCUGGAAAAGUACUGUGGUUUCCGUGAAGAUAACAUUCCCCAACUGGAAGAAGUUUCUCAAUUUCUACAGACUUGCACUGGUUUCCGCCUUCGACCUGUGGCUGGUCUGCUUUCCUCUCGGGAUUUCUUGGGUGGCCUGGCCUUCCGAGUCUUCCAUUGCACACAGUACAUCAGACAUGGAUCCAAGCCCAUGUACACACCUGAACCUGACAUCUGCCAUGAGCUAUUGGGACACGUGCCCUUGUUUUCAGACCGCAGCUUUGCCCAGUUUUCCCAGGAAAUUGGCCUUGCCUCUCUGGGUGCACCUGAUGAAUACAUUGAGAAACUCGCCACGAUUUACUGGUUUACUGUGGAGUUUGGGCUCUGCAAGCAAGAAGGCUCCAUAAAGGCCUAUGGUGCUGGGCUCUUAUCAUCUUUUGGUGAAUUACAGUACUGCUUAUCUGGCAAGCCGAAGCUCCUCCCCCUGGAGAUGGAGAAGACAGCCAUCCAGGAGUACACCAUCACAGAGUUCCAGCCUCUGUAUUAUGUGGCUGAAAGCUUUAACGAUGCCAAGGAGAAAGUGAGGGAUUUUGCUGCUACGAUCCCGAGACCCUUCUCAGUUCACUAUGAUCCGUACACCCAAAGGAUCGAGGUCUUGGAUAAUACUGAGCAGCUCAAGAUUCUUGCUGAUUCCAUCAACAGUGAAGUUGGAAUCCUUUGCAGUGCCCUGCAGAAAAUAAAGUGAAAUUUUGGGCAGAACCUAGUCUGUCAACUGGUGAAUCUCUUGAUGGAAACGCAAUUGCUUCUUUCAUUUCAUCUGAAAAAGCCUGAAAAGGCAAACCUUAAUUUUAAAUGACAGACUUAGAUUUUGGGGGGACAAGAUGGAGGAUCAACAAAUAAAAAUAAUCUGAAAUGGCUGCAUAUUAAUAUAUACAAAAAAAGCAUAGCAGUGGAUCAUUUGGGGGUCAUCUUUGAUGUAGAGAUGAUAAUCCCAUAUUUGCAACUGAUUAAAAAUCAAUAAUAUGUCACAUUUUCAUCCAGAUUAAUUUUUUUUUUGUUAUUUGCCAUAGAGAUUUCCUAAAGGAAUAUAUGUGAUUAAAUGUUAAACACAAGACUGUCAUUAGAGUUGAAUUUUCAGGUUUAAUAUGUUUUAACCCACAAGUUCAUUUUCUAUUCAACUGUAAUUCCACUUACUGCUUUGUUAUUUUGCCUAUUAGAUUUCCUUUAAUUCAUUAAAAUAGUUAUAAACAUUAAAGUUCUAUAGCAUGAUAUACAAAAAAAAUUUUGUAUGUUUUAUUGUAAUCAUAAAUACUGCUGUGCAAAGUAAUGGAA